CAUCGCACAGCAUCCAGGGCAGCGGCAGCUCCGCGGAGCCCUCGGGCCAGCCCAGACACCUUCUGCGCUCCGAGAAGGCGCGGGCCGGGCCGGGCCGGGCCCGCCUCCCGCCGCCGCGGGGCCGGGGCGCUCCGCAGGGGGCGGCGAGGCGGCAGGACGGAGAGGAGCGGCGCACCCGAGGUCCAGAAGCACUAGGGUACUUGAUUGAGUUUUCAUUGCUAAGCCACAAAGACUGCAAACAUGUCUCUGGAAGACAUCCACAUGAACACCCAGGAUUUGCUUGAACAAAAACAAUUAGAUGCUGGAGGAUUUGGAACAAUUUCUUUAUGCUUGCACAAGAAACAUGGAUAUGUAGUAUUAAAAAAAGUGUAUACAGGACCACAGCGCACUGAAUACAAUGUUUCCCUCCUUGAAGAAGGCAGGAUAAUGCGCAAACUGCAGCAUGACCGUGUGGUAAAACUACUGGGUAUCAUUUUGGAAGAUGGAAACUACUCACUUGUGAUGGAGUAUGUGGACCGGGGGAACAUGAUGAAAGUGCUACAGCAACUCUCACUACCUUUGUCAGUGAAAGGGCGUUUUGUGCUGGAGAUCACAGAAGGAAUGCUUUAUCUGCAUGAGCAAGGCUUUGUACACAAAGACUUAAAACCAGAAAACAUUCUUGUGGACAGAGACUUCCACAUUAAGAUUGCAGACCUCGGUGUUGCCUCCUUUAAGAACUGGAGUAAGCUAACCCAAGAAGAAACUGUCCGACAGAAGCAAAUCAAGAGCACUUGCCAGAACAAUGCUGGGACUCUUUUCUAUAUGGCCCCAGAGCAUUUACUCAGUGUUAAUGCAAAACCAGUGGAAAAAUCAGAUGUUUACAGCUUUGGCAUAGUGAUCUGGGCAAUUUUUGCUAACAAGGAACCAUAUGAAAAUGGUAUAAAUGAAGCCCAGAUUUGCUUUGGCGUCAUGAAUGGAAACAGACCAGACUUAAAGGAGAUCACUGAUAAAUGUCCAGUGGAAAUUGUUGACUUAAUGAAACAAUGCUGGGAGCAAGAGUCAGAUAAACGGCCAACCUUUGCAGAAAUCAGUGAAAGAUACAAGCCAUUUUACAACCAAAAUCUAGGAAAAGAUAUUGAAGAAGAUCUGAAGAAUUUAAAAGAAAUGUGGCCUGAGUCAAAUGAACUGCUGAAUAGAAUGGAAUCCCUCCAAAUAGAUGCUGUACCAGAAGAUAGCAGUAAUGGUGAAGUAGAUCAGCCUAAUUCUCUACACAGCUCCCAAGGUCCCGAGACCAGCCAUGUUAAUGAAGCCCUGUUUGCUGCCCCCUCCGAGAACCAGCCUGUUGAGAGCUGUGAGACCUCAUUUGUGGCUGCUGAUGAUCUAGAAAGAAAACUUCAGUGUGAAUAUAACUAUCAUGUAUUCGGGAGCCGGAUGGAUAAAGCAGUUCCACCUGUACUAUACACCCCUGAAAUGAUAGAGGAAGAAAGGAGACGGAGAGUUUCCUGCGAUCCAUUUGCAAAGCCAUCUCCUGCUUCCCAGAAGAGUGAUCUGCAUCCAGGAGCUGAAAAACCAGGGUCUAACACUAACCCAUACGUCUGGUCAAACCACGAGCCAAAUUACCGGUCAAAGGCAGGAUCAAACACUAAUCCAUAUGUCUGGUCAAACCACGAUCCAAAUUUCUGGUCUCAGGCAGGAUCAAACACUAAUCCAUAUGUCCGGCCAAACCCUGAUCCAAACUUCUGGUCACGGGCAGCUGCAACAACAGCAAACCCGGGAACAGUUUUUUAUGGGCCAAACCAUAACAGUCUUCUAACAGGAAACCCAGAGGAUCUCUAUGGAUUGUGUUUAGCCAGCAACUUUAGCCUAAGUAAAACUCCUGUGCCGGAAUCUGGCCAAAACCUGCAGUCACAAUCCAGCGUAAACCGGUAUUUGAAGAAUUCAGACACAGAUACAGGUAACAAGGAUUCCACUUCUUUCACAAGGGGAACUUUUGCAUAUUAUCCUAGCUCACCAGGAGUAAGCCCGGUCCCUUAUACAGAUGACUCAAUCAAGUACAACAUUAGUAACAGCUCUGGAAUUCAAAUUGGAUCCCACAACUACAUGAAGAUUGAAGAGCAGAAUCAGCACAUCAGCACUUCUCCUGCUGCUACAGAAGCAAAUUAUAGACAAUAUGAAGCAAUGGGUAUAUUUGAUGAUACUACUGUCCUGACUGCCAAACAUCUGAAUCUAGUGAGAGAAAAGUUGGCUAAGCAGUGGAAGCACUGUGCUCGGAAACUGGGCUUCUGUGAUCCUGAGAUUGAUGAAAUUGAUCACGAUUAUGAACGAGAUGGACUAAAAGAAAAAGUUUACCAAAUGCUGCUUAAGUGGGAAAUGAGGGAAGGCUCCAAAGGUGCUACAGUUGGAAAACUGGCCAAGGCCCUCUUUGGCUGCCAAAGACUGGAUCUCCUCACUAGUUUGAUGCAAAUCAAGGAUGAAUAAUUUGACUGAGAAAUGUGGGAAAGUGGAGGGUAUUUUUUGCUGAAGACCUUCCAAUAACAAAUAAUUCUGAACAGACUUUCUGGAAUUCUUCUUGCACAGACUUUUUGGAACAUAGUUUUUCUGCCAAACAGUUUUCAAUGAAUACCUUCAGUAAAUCAAAAAGUUUAUGUCACGAUAUUUGACGUUCCAAAGGAUAAAAUAAAUUAAGCAUCUUCCUUCUGAAUAGAAUGAUUGUCCAAAGAUAACAACAACAAUGCAAUAGAAAUAUUGAUUCAAGGAGAAUGUGUUGCACAGAAUUCCUCGAUUCAGCAUUCUGUCUUGAAACAUUUUGGGACCCUUGUUCAGUUCAGAACAAAAGCAUGUCAUUUCAACACAGCAGUAUGAGUAUUAAUAUGCAAAAGACUGACUUAAUGCUUGAAAAACUUGUACAGAAAAUUAAAUCAAUUCUUAAAUUUUGCCAGAAGUGCCAAUUGCUUUAAGUCAAUAACAUUAUUUUUCAAAUAUUUUUAUAAUUUUUAUUAAAUACAGUUGUCUAGAAUUAUGCAGAACAGCAGCAUAAAUAAAAGCAAAAACUAUUUCUGGCUUAAAAAGUCUAUACUUGAUAUUUUAUCAGUUAAUAUUGCAUUAGAUUUUUACACUGUUUGGUAGAAAAGAUUUUACAUAUCAAGUUUCUUAUCUGCUUUAUGAAACAGUGAAAAAAUAAAUUCAAUCUGUAUGCAAUCCAAAGUAAGAACUCUGGAAUACAACAGCUUUGGGAAGGGAAAGGUGACUUAUUACCUACCUCUUGACAGAAGACCCAUUCUCCUACUCACUGUAGGGGCUCAUAGUGACUAGAAUGUCACUAAUUUCUGAAUCUCUUGGACUGCAUUUAUAUUAGUAGAUUAAAUGUGCCUGGGAAUGUUUCUGGGUGCUGAGGUUAAGAUGGCAUGCUGAUGCUGCAGCCUGCUGCCAGGAUAGCAAGUUCUUUAAACCUCCAAAAUAUUGUGCAAAGGCUUCUUCACAGCACUCAGGUUGUUUUGGGGAACACUGGAAAAGCUCUGUAGUGUAGGUGACGGUAUCCCAGUAUCUGGAGAUGUUCCUUGUCACUCUGACUUCCUGAUAUUGACAUAAUCUCAUUGUGCAAGAUCUGUGAAAGAAUUACUGAGCUGUAAGUUUUUAUGCCCAAAGAAUAAUUAUGCGAAACCCUUCCGAGAAAGGAUGAUACCUCCUAUUCCAUCAAAUCUACAGGUAUUUCCAGCAGAUGUUUCAGAGCAGGUAAUUAUUUAUGCUGUAGAUUAAAGCACUAAGUUUCAUUAGUGUUCAUAAAUGUUCAGUGUUAUUGUCAAAGAAGGCUAAUAAUUUAAUGAAAGUGUAGUUAAAAUGGAUUUCUGCUCUUUGAUACAGCAGCCACCAUUUUAGUGGAAUCAAAAUGAAACUGUAAUCAAAGCAAGCAUCAACAUAUUUGUCAUCUUCAAACCUACAAGGCAAUAGUGUAAAUGGGCCCCCAAAAUGGAGACUUUAGAAGAAAUCUAUACAAAGAGCAUGUCAUCCAUUCACACAGUGGAGCAUUUCUAUAUUUAUUGUUAAUGCACAUUGAACUCUCCUUUCCAUGGGAUAGCUUGGGAUGUAUCAGUAUGUACUAUAGUAAUACUUAUAUUUUUAAUUCCUCAGAAUUUAUUGCAUUGCCUUACUGUUUUCACUUACCAACAUGCUAAAUUUUAUAUAAAUUCUUGAGUGUAAUAGAAAAUGAAAUGGUUUACCUGUCUAAUAUAAUAAGCAUACACUUUCCAAAAGAAAAAAAAAUAUUCUUCUUAAAGUAGAUAGAGAAAUAGACUAGGGGGUGUCUUCUCUGUGUCAGUCCACAGAGAGUUACAGCCAGCAGCUACUAUGUUACUUCAUGAAACAGAUUCCCGAAAGAUCAUAAAGUCUAUUUAUGUCCUGUUAACAUUAGUUGCACUGUAUUGUUACAUUAAUUCCCCCGCCCCUACUGGUUUUUUAAAGUCUCCCGUAUAUGUAGUCUUUCUUAUACAACAUGCAAUUUUUCCAUCAUAAGAUCCUUGUCUUACUUUUUACACAGAAAGAAUGCUGAUCAUUUAAUGGGCAUACAUUAAGUGCUUCAUUUUGUCUUUAAUAAAGCAAGCCCAGACCUUAUUUUCUGAAACAACGACAACAGAGAUGUAGAACAAAAACAAGAAGCAUUUCAGAACAAGACUUAGGCAUAGGGCAGUCCUAGGUCUUCAAAGUAGGACAUGGGAAAUGAAGGUCAUUUUAGCUUUGGUGUUUUGUCAAAUCCAAUUCUAGACUAGUGCUCAUAGUUCAGGUGACAUUGCAGAUGAUAUAGAAAACAACCACUAAACUGACAGCUAGAGACAAACUCCUUCAGCACAGCCCUUACAGAACUCAAUCACAGAGAAGAUUCAGCUUCCUGGGCAGAAAAUCAAAAGUAUGACAAACCCUUUAGCAUAUUGUGGAAAACCACAUAAUAGGACCCAAUGCCUGGAAGCUGCAGCCAGGCAUGCCAAAUUAGAAUAUGUAUUUAAUAAUAAAGAUGAUUAACUACUGGAAUAAACUACCAAGGGAUUCUGUGGAUCCUCUUGGUAUCUUUUAAUUAAGACUGCUCUUGUUCCUUAAGAUGGAUAUAGUUGAAAACAAAGCUAUAGGUCUCAACACAAUAGGUGAAAUGGGAAAGUAAAUGGUGUA